CUUGAGCAUUAAUCGACUGAAUACUUUCCCCGUGUCCUUCACCGCCGCACGCCCCACUCCAGAGGGGCAGGCUAGUGAAGCCCAGCGGCAGCUGGGAGCGGCUGCAGGCGGGCGAGGGGCGGAGCAGCCAGGGAGACUCCAACUUCCCUCGCCGCCGCAGGUGGCUGGGCUGGGCUGGGCUGGGCUGGGCGAGGGCUGCCGCGGCGGGCGAAGAGCAGGCGGCCUCCCGCCCGCCGCACGGGUCAGCAGGGAGCAGCGGCCUCCCCGACGGGCAGCGCUCCGCGCAGGCGGACGCCGUGGCGCGAUUCCCGCCCCCGCGGCGCCCGGGAGCCCAGCGGGGCACGGGGAAGUUGAGGCACCCGCUCCACCUGUGGUGGCAAUGAUCAGCUAAGCGGGCUGAGGCGCUUCUCCCGCGGACGGGCCAGCCCCGGGCAGCUGGGGGCUGAGCGGGCUCGGGGACCCUCCCCAGGACCCAGCGUGUUGGGAGCCGGCGGCUUCAUGGGCAGCACCCGUCGGGAUGGUUAUGGACAGCAACAGCAGCCACGUGUCCGGCCACCUCCGCGCCUUCGCCCUGGAGGCUCCCCGCGAGCUGAGCGGCAGUGGGAUGGUGGCGGGCUCCCUGAACCCCCGCUGGCUGAAGAUCAUCCAGGAUGUCACCGCCAGCCCCAGCCCCAGCCCCGCUUCCAGCCUGGCGCCCGAAAAUGACACCGGCUGCGGGGAGCAGAUCCUCAGCUACGGCAACAUGGAGAAAGUCGUGAUCGGGGCCAUCCUCUCCCUCAUCACUCUGCUGACCAUCGCGGGCAAUUGCCUGGUGGUGAUCUCCGUGUGCUUUGUGAAGAAACUGCGGCAGCCCUCCAACUAUCUCAUUGUCUCCCUGGCUUUGGCUGAUCUCUCGGUAGCGGUGGCCGUCAUGCCCUUUGUCAGCGUAACGGACCUCAUUGGAGGAGAGUGGAUCUUUGGCCACGUUUUCUGUAACGUCUUCAUUGCUAUGGAUGUGAUGUGUUGCACUGCUUCCAUUAUGACUUUGUGUGUGAUAAGUAUUGACAGGUACCUUGGAAUAACAAGACCACUUACAUAUCCUGUAAGGCAGAAUGGAAAAUGUAUGGCUAAAAUGAUCCUGUGUGUAUGGCUCCUCUCUGCCUCUAUCACCAUACCACCACUGUUUGGUUGGGCCCAAAAUGUGAACGAUGAAAAAGUUUGUUUAAUCAGUCAAGACUUCGGUUACACAAUUUACUCCACUGCAGUUGCGUUUUAUAUCCCGAUGUCAGUGAUGCUUUUCAUGUACUAUCAGAUUUACAAGGCUGCUAAGAGGAGUGCUGCUAAACACAAGUUUGCUGGUUUCCCACGGCCAGAAGAAAACGAAGGCAUAGUUUCUGUGAAUGGAGUUAUAAAGCUACACAAGGAAUCAGAAGAAUGUACAAACUUUUCACGACUCCUUAAACAUGAUAGAAAAAACAUUUCUAUCUUCAAGAGAGAACAAAAAGCUGCCACUACCCUGGGAAUUAUUGUUGGGGCCUUUACUGUGUGCUGGUUGCCAUUUUUCAUCCUUUCAACUGCCAGACCCUUUAUCUGUGGUACAGCAUGUAGCUGCAUCCCAUUUUGGGCUGAAAGAACAUUUCUAUGGUUGGGUUAUGCAAACUCUCUCAUUAACCCCUUUAUAUAUGCCUUCUUCAAUCGGGACCUGAGGACAACCUAUCGCAAUCUACUACAGUGCAGAUAUAGGAAUAUCAACCGGAAACUAUCAGCUGCAGGGAUGCACGAGGCUCUGAAGCUUGCAGAAAAGCCAGAAUUUGUGCUAGUAUCUAUAACUUACUCCAAAUUCUCUCUCUCACCCACAUCCACAAGUAAAGAUCAACAGAACCAGCAAUGUCUGAAGUCACUCCUAUUGAGGAGAAACUCUGAUUACUCAAGAAAAAAGUGUCAUGACUUAUGACCAAAUACACAGCGAAGUAGUCAGAUAUGCCAAGGCACGACUGGGGAAGGAAAAUUAAUGAAGAUUUAGCCUGAGAAGAAAUGAAGGGGGUUAUGAAAUGCACUUAAUCUUCUUUGAAUGUGAAUGUUUAAAAAUAAAAUAAAAAUCCAUGUGCUUGA